CGCAUGCGCCGUACGCAGCCGUCGCUCUUUAAAGCGCCCGCGCGGGGCCGCGUCUUGCCGGCCGACCCGCCACCGUCCGGCAUGAGGGGUUGGGGUGUUGCUGUCACCUCCUGCUCGCUCAAGCACCAUGGAACGCCUGCGGAGCCUGAGCCGGCUCCUGCCCCGGCGCACGCUGUGCGCUCUGGCCCAGGGCCUGACGCCUGGGGCGCGCCCAGUUGCCGCCUGCGGCCGCGCGGCCCACAUCCUCGGGCGGAGCCGGGCCGCGCCGCUGUGCGGGCCCCGCCGGCCCCCAGUGGCAGGUGAAAUGCACCGGUUUAGAACUUCUGAUGUCUCUCAAGCCACUUUAGCCAGCGUAGCCCCGGUGUUUACUGUGACAAAAUUUGACAAAGAGGGAAACGUUACUUCUUUUGAAAAGAAGAAAACUGACUUAUAUCAAGAAUUAGGUCUUCAAGCCAGAGAUCUGAGGUUUCAGCAUGUGAUGAGCAUCACAACAAGAAACAAUAGAAUUAUCAUGAGAAUGGAGUAUUUGAAAGCUGUGAUAACUCCAGAGUGUCUUCUGAUACUAGAUUAUCGUAAUUUAAAUUUAGAGCAAUGGCUAUUCCGGGAACUGCCCUCACGGUUGGCUGGAGAAGGACAACUUGUCACAUGCCCUUUACCUUUUGAGUUUAGGGCUGUAGAAGCGCUCCUACAAUAUUGGAUCAGCACUCUUCAGGGGAAACUUAGCGUUUUGCAACCACUGAUCCUUGAGACAUUGGAAGCUUUAGUGGAUCCCAAACAUUCCUCUGUAGACAGAAGCAAACUGCACAUCUUGCUACAAAAUGGCAAAAGUCUGUCAGAGUUAGAAACCGAUAUCAAAAUUUUCAAAGAGUCCAUUUUGGAGAUCUUGGAUGAAGAAGAGAGGCUGGAGGAGCUCUGUCUAACAAAGUGGAGUGACCCACAAGUCUUUGAAAAGAGCAGUGCAGGAAUCGACCAUGCAGAAGAGAUGGAAUUCCUGUUGGAAAACUACUACCGAUUAGCUGAGGAUCUUUCCAAUGCAGCUCGGGAACUCAGGGCACUGAUUGAUGAUUCACAGAGUAUCAUAUUCAUCAAUCUGGACAGCCACCGUAAUGUGAUGAUGAGGCUGAACCUGCAGUUGACCAUGGGAACCUUCUCUCUUUCACUCUUUGGACUAAUGGGAGUUGCUUUUGGAAUGAAUCUAGAAUCUUCUCUUGAAGAGGACCAUAGGGUGUUUUGGCUGAUUACAGGAAUUAUGUUUAUGGGAAGUGGCCUCAUCUGGAGGCGUCUGCUGUCAUUCCUCGGACGACAGCUCGAAGCUCCUUUGCCUCCUGUGAUGGCCUCUUUACCCAAAAAAACCCUUCAGGCAGACAGAAGCAUGGAAAUGAAACACAGCUUCCGGCCAGAUGGACCCGGAUCAAGCAGGAGUGUCCUGACAACCCGGUAGAGACUGGACUAUUUUUUUAUAGUAGUCACGAGAAACUUCUGAUACCUUUAUUUUCUUUUAUAGAAUCAGAGACUUGAAAAAAAUCACUGAUACUUAAAUUAUAAUGUCUGAUAAAAAUAUUAGGGUACUCACAGUACUAGAACUUAAUUGCAAAGUACUUGCUUUGUAAAAGGCCAAAAUUCUAUCUUCCACAAACUGAAAAGGCUGUUUUUAGAGACAUGAUGUGAGGCAUGGAGAGACUGAUUUAUACAUAUCAAAAAAAGUACAGCCUCACGCCCAGCAAAGCCUGAAAACUUGAUGAACCCGUGUGAUGAGACCAGGUAGCGGCUCUUAGGAAGUUCCCAAGAACAAGAUUCCCUGUGCUGACUCUCAGGUGACUGGAAAGGUAGGAAAAUCUAUAUUAACCUCAAAACACACUUGGAAAGUUUGUGCUUUAAAUCAGUCUUUUCUUGAAUUUGCCUCCUUUUUAUAUAAGGCAAAUAAAAAUGAAACAAUUGAA